CGGAGCGCUGCUUCCCGGGCCGGCGGUGCGAUGGGCUGCGGGAACUCCACCGCCAGCAGCGCGAGCGCGGGCCGAGGCCCUGCAGGAGCAGCUAAGGACGUAGCAGAAGAGUCGAUAAGCGAGGACGACAAGAGGAGAAACUACGGAGGCGUCUAUGUUGGUCUACCAUCUGAAGCUGUCAAUAUGGUGUCCAAUCAGACAAAGACUGUACGAAAAAAUUAGAAGAACAUAACACGGCCCAAGAAUCAAGAGCUUGCUCAUCCAUUUGGAAAGAAUUUGGCUCUGACGACAUAGUGAUGUGUGCAGAUGUUUCCCAGGAAACUACGGACUGUCUCCCUCGGCUCCCCUCCCGCCCCCCCAACUCUUAGGUGCAUGGCUAGGACGGCAGGUGCAGGCUGAGGGCUGUGGUAACGAGGAAUUCAUUAGACAGUACAUCCGUUGAUGGAGCUCCCUGUGGUCCACCUGCGAGAAUCUGGGAGGUGGCUGCGUGCCCCAGGGCCGCCAUGCCCCACCCACUGCAUGACCCCCUCGGCCACCCAGCACAGUUCAUAGAACUCAUGUCUUUUCAGAUACUUUUUUGAUAGUUUUUUUAUAUAAUGAAAUCCUUAUUCUGUUUAUAACUUAAAAAUAAUAAGCCACUAUAAAUGAAUUCCUUAAAGUAAUAUAUUUGUUCUCUUUCGCUAUUUCUACUUCUCAUUACUUUUUAGCUAUAACAUUGGUAAACUGAUUCUUAU